UCGCGUCACUUGCACGCCAAUUUCGUUGCAAUUUUUGCAAUAUUUUGCAUUGUUAUUAGUUUUUCAGAGAAUAUGACUUAUAAUUAUAUUCCUCUGGAAGAAUCCGAUACAAAUUCAACGCAACUGUCUUCAAACAGAUCAUCAAGAUUUAUAGGAUGGUGGGGUAUUGGUGUAGUUCGUUUUGAGAAUAAAUAUUGUAGAACUGCUGAUGGACUCGAUGGUACCUGCUAUACACGACGACAAUGUCGUGAAAUUGACGGCACGUAUUCAGGAUUAUGUGCUGGGACCAUUGGAAGAUGUUGUACAAUUCAACGUGGAUGUGGAAGUUCUUCUAGUGAUAACAACACGUAUUUCGUAAAUAGAAAUUAUCCGUUACCUGUGACAGGGUCUUCAACUUGUACCUAUGUCAUUAAAAAAUGUCACCCAGAAAUUUGCCAAGUACGAAUUGAUUUUCUAAGCUUCAACAUAGCUUAUCCCAAUGGCAUCGGACAAUGUAUCUAUGACAGCAUGAAAAUAACCGGUGCGGGACACGUUGUCAGACCGAUUUGUGGCGAUAACAGCGGUCAGCAUAUGUAUUUAAGCUUCUUGGAUGACAAUGAUAUUACGAUCACAAUCGGAACGACUGGGACGAAUGACUUGGCACGUUCUUGGUACUUGAAAGUUGCUCAAAUUGGAUGUGAUUCUCCAAGCAGAGCACCUGAUGGAUGUUUACAAUAUUAUGCUGACCUAACUGGCACUGUGACAAGUUUCAACUACGGUCGUACACGUAGUGGCAGUAAUAUUGCACCAGACCAGCCAGGAACACGCGAAAUUGCGAAUCAAGAAUACGGAAUAUGCGUCCGCGCCGCUCCUGGUUAUUGUUCAAUUCGGUGGACAGAAACAAGCGCCGGUUCUUUCGCAGUAAGCGGAAACUCUGCUUUAAUGGAGGCGUUAACGGAUUGUACUGCGGAUUAUGUUUUGAUUCCGAAUGGGAUCAAUGAGGACGGCGAGAUGAUUGAUAGAUAUUGUGGGAGUACAUUCGGGACAGUCACAAGUAGCAGUAAGCCAUUUGUUUUAUAUUAUAGAACAGACAGCACAGAAGUACUCGGCGAGACAGGCAAUUUGGGCUUCUCGCUAGAUUACACACAAGUCCGCUGUAAUCCAUUAUCAGUAUAUUAAUUUAUACAACUCGUCAUUAAGUAAACAGGUAUAAUAGGUAUAAUAUAUGCACAAGAAAGUAUUUUGUAUUUUAAAUUAAAGAAUAUUGCCUAUAUUAUAA